AUGGCGGCUGUAGAGAAGGCGGAGAAGGUUGCCCAAGAAAAAUCGACCCAAGGGAAGAACUUGGGGUCGCAGGUCGACAACACCCUGGACGACCUCACCGAUACGGAGGCACUACGCACCAAGGUCGAUAAGAUGGAGGUGACGUUAGGAGAGUUGGAUGUGACAGUCACGCACUUGAGUACCGGCCAGCACACGCUGAACCAGGAGGUCCGUCUCAUUCGUGAGAUGUUGGAGCAGCUGUUGCAUGCCAAGACGGGGGACGGCCAUGCAGCGCAGUCGGAGCCAUUGACGGCUCAACCGUGA